CGGGGAUCGGCAGAGCAAAUUUACUUUCUUAUUUUAUUACUUGUGUCAACGUUUUAGAUCGAUAUCAUCCAAUCAACGGAUUACUUAUUAUAUUUACUCGUGUUUACAAUGUUUUUUUGAAUGAUCUACAGUGAAUAGUCACAGACUAUAGCUAUUAAAACCAAAGACGGAUUGGAACGGGUAAUAUUCCUCGGUGGGAGGACAAUCAGUAUCUGUUUUAUAAGACCGUUCUCCGUCUACAGCUUUCUAUAAGUCUGUGCCAUAAGAAUGGUGCUCUUGCCACCUUGUGCCCCGAAUAUAUGUGGGAAGGAUUUCCGCAGUUCCUUGAAAAAACCAAGCCCAAUCUACCCUUACGCGAGCAAGACGAGAAAAUGUCGGAGCGUGCCGGCGUUUACUAUCCAGGCGAUGCAAAAGAACACAAAAGUAAUACCACCUCCAAAGUCCGGCGUGUACGACCCUUUGCCUGUAAAGCCGACUAUGUUCAGAAAAUGCUAUCAAAGAGGGGAAUUCCCCGUCGCUAUUGAGUUCACUACGAGCGGAAAACAGCUCUCCUGGAAGGUACCGAUAGAGAAACUGGACUUCCACCACUAUUUACCGAUGUUUUUCGACGGUCUUGCAGAAGGAACAUAUCCGUUCUCCUUUAUAGUAGAACGAGGUAUCCACGACCUCGUCAGCAAGGGAUCUUAUAAGAUUCUACCAGUUGUACCGCAACUUAUUAUACCUAUCAAAAAUGCGUUCGCAACGAAACGACCGACGGUUUUGUGCCACACUCUCAAAUGUAUACAGAUGAUCGUGAUGAACAGCGACAAGGUCGGCGAAGCGCUUGUGCCGUACUACCGACAAAUACUACCAAUUCUUAACCUCUUCAAGGGCAGAAACCGCAACUUGGGCGCCGGUAUAGACAACACUACUACCCGUGAUGAGAACGUGGCCGAUUUGAUUGAAGAUACGCUACAAAUCUUGGAGAGGCAUGGCGGUCCCGACGCAUUCAUCAACAUCAAAUAUAUGAUACCCACGUAUGAAUCUUGCGUCCUGAAUUAGGUUGCGUGACACUAGCUUAUUAUUGAUUAUCAACAUUUAACAUUAAAUAAAUCACUACAUAGUAUAAAACAUUGUCGCUUCCCGCUAUCUGUCUGUCCCUAUACGUACGAGUAUAUGCUUAGAGUUUUAAAACUUUGCAACCGAUUUUGAUGCUGUUUUAUUUUAAUAGAUAGAAUGAUUGAAGAGAAA